CAGGAAGGAAAAGAGAGAGCAAAUGCGACCUUGAUCGACAGAGAUUGCAGCCAAUGAGAAUGCUAAAGCCCAGCAGACGACCAAGGAAGUGACGUCCAGAGAACCGCAGCGCCUGGUCGGGUAAACUCCGAGCGGACCUAAGCGAGCGGCUUCUUUGCUUGUGCGACGGGCAGGGAGCGAACAUGUCGGAACGGAAAGUUCUAAACAAAUACUACCCACCUGACUUCGAUCCAUCAAAGAUCCCAAAACUCAAGCUACCCAAGGACCGGCAGUACGUGGUUCGGCUGAUGGCCCCCUUCAACAUGAGGUGUAAGACGUGUGGAGAGUACAUCUACAAGGGGAAGAAGUUCAAUGCUCGCAAAGAAACGGUGCAGAACGAGGCCUACCUGGGCCUGCCCAUCUUCCGCUUCUACAUCAAGUGCACGCGCUGCUUGGCCGAGAUCACCUUCAAGACAGACCCCGAGAACACCGACUACACCAUGGAGCACGGGGCCACGCGAAACUUCCAGGCUGAGAAGCUCCUGGAGGAGGAGGAAAAGCGCGUGCAGAAGGAGCGUGAGGACGAGGAGCUGAACAACCCCAUGAAGGUCCUGGAGAACCGCACCAAAGACUCGAAGCUGGAGAUGGAGGUGCUGGAGAACCUGCAGGAGCUGAAGGACCUGAACCAGCGGCAGGCGCACGUGGACUUCGAGGCCAUGCUGCUGCAGCACCGCCUGUCACAGGAGCAGUGGCGACAGCAGCAGGAGGAGGAAGAUGAGCGAGAGACCGCGGCCUUGCUGGAGGAGGCUCGCCACCGCAGGCUUCUGGAGGAUUCCGACUCAGAAGAUGAAGCUCUGCCUUCCCGACCACGGGCAGCAGUGAGACCCAGCCCCACAGCCAUCCUGGAUGAGGCCCCGAAGACCAAGAGGAAGGCAGAGGCGAUGGGCAUCAGGGCACAGCUGACUGGCUUGGUUGUGCCAAAGAAGGUGAAGACGGAAGCCAGUGGGGGCGCAGAGCAGGACUGGAUGCCAACCUCAGGUGCCCCCGAGAGCAGGAAGGCGACCAACCUUGCACCCCAGAGACCUGGGGCCUCCUCCCUGAGCCAGCUGGGUGCCUAUGGAGACAGCGAGGACAGUGACAGCUGAGCCCCUGUGGUGGCAUCACAGACCCAAGAAGCCAGAGGAGGAGAUGGGAUCAAGGCAGGCACCCUCAGCAAACGCCUCGUGACUGUGUCUGCCACGGGUCUCCGCAGGGAGUGGAGAGCCAGAGUCUCUCAGCACAGGCGUCUCUGAACAGACAGCCUGGCCCAUUCUGCAGCCUUUGAGUUAUGGGAAGCCUGUUUGCCCUGUCCCUUCCUGCCACAGAUCUGAACACUGUGUGACAUGGGGCAAGGGCAGGGUCCCUGGGGACCAUCUCCCAACAAGGCUCUACCCUCAACACAAUAACACUGAGUGAAAAAGAA